UGGAACGGAGGAGGAGGAGGACAGUGUAUUUACUAAAAGCGGUUUUGCGACGGUGGCAGUGGAGGGUGACGCCGGAGCUGGUGAGGCGGCGUUGGACAUGGCAGGAUUAAAAACUUGAACGGCCAUCUUCGAAUUUCGCGUUUGCCGGAAGUUGGUUUUCUUUUUCCCGUUUUCCGAUCUGAUCCUUUGGCCUUGUUCCGUUGGCGGACCUUACAGCUUGGCCAAAGUGGAGUUUUGCUGGUUGUAUAGGGUUGAUUCACUCACCUUCUUCUUCUUCAUUCUACGCUUUUCUCGGUGAUGAUUCAGAUGAAUGUUGAGAGAUUGAAUUAAUAUACUGGAUAAUGAUACCCUUUAAAAGCAUAGUCCGGGAGCUGAAGGAGUUAAAAGAUGGGAUUGGAAGCAUAUCAAGGCGAGGAGGGGACAGCAGGCGUUGGCCUUGCAGGUCCAAAUCACAUGUUGUUCCUGAUCUAGCUACAACUGAACCCGAGGUCGUCGAACAGAGUCCGUGGGCUAACCUACCACAGGAAUUGCUUUUGGACAUCAUCCGGAGGAUAGAAGAGAGUGAGACAACCUGGCCUGCCCGGGCUGCAGUUAUCUUUUGUGCUUUGGUUUGUAGGUCUUGGAGGGAAAUUACUAAGGAGAUUGUCAAAACUCCCGAGCAAUGUGGAAGGCUUACAUUUCCCAUCUCAUUGAAGCAGCCGGGUCCCCGCGAUUCCCCCAUACAAUGCUAUAUAAGAAGGGACAGAGUAACUUCUACUUAUCUUUUGUACCAUGCUCUUGUUCCUUCUGAAGGCGAAAAUGAUAAAUUGUUGUUAGCAGCGAAGAAGGUGAGAAAGGCAACAUGCACAGACUUUGUGAUAUCUUUGGUUGCAAAUGAUUUUUCGCGGGCCAGCAAUGCGUAUAUUGGUAAAUUAAGGUCUAAUUUUUUGGGUACCAAGUUCACCAUAUAUGACAGUCAACCUCCUUGUGAGUUGGGAGUUCAACCAUUCAGUCGAUCAACUCGCCGAUACCACUCUAAGCAGGUUUCUCCAAAGUUGCCUGCCUGCAACUAUAGUGUAGGCAGCAUCACUUAUGAGCUCAAUGUACUACGGACAAGAGGGCCAAGGAGAAUUCAUUGCAUCAUGCACUCAAUUCCUGUCACUGCUAUUCAGGAGGGAGGAACUGCCCCAACACCAUCAUCGUUUGCAAACUCCAUUGAUGAGCUAUUACCUCCCAUGCCAGGUUCGAAAUGUACCAGCUCUCCAAGCCUCCCCGCCACACCAGUUCUGUCCUCAGGUGCUGGAGAGCCACUAAUCCUUAGAAACAAGGCUCCAAGAUGGCACGAGCAAUUACAGUGCUGGUGCCUUAAUUUCAAAGGGCGUGUUACAGUGGCGUCUGUGAAGAAUUUCCAGCUUGUUGCUGCUGUUGAGCAAUCACAUAAUUUCACACCUGAAGAGCAAGAAAAGUCAAUCUUACAAUUUGGAAAGAUUGGAACGGACAUAUUCACUAUGGAUUAUGGAUAUCCUCUAUCAGCUUUUCAAGCCUUUGCAAUUUGCCUGAGCAGCUUUGACACAAAACCAGCGUGUGAAUGACAAACAAGGUGGUGGAGAAUGGAAAUACAUAUCAUUGACACUGUCAUGGGUUAUGGUUACCUGCCUUGAUUUCCAUUCCCAAGCCUUUGCAAUCAGCCUGAACAACCUUGAACCAAACAGGCCCAUCAACGAUAACCAGGUUAUAACAUAUAAUUUUCUUAAAUGCUUCUUGUACAUUGCUAGCAAUUAUAUAUUCUAAUGGAAGCUUAUUUAGCAUGGCAGUUCACUGCCGAAUCUUAGCUGUUCUGAUAAAAGAAUCUGACUUGAAUGCUGUUCAAACAAUGUGGCAUUGCUGGAAUUAGAUUUGGAGCAAAUAUUGUCUAUUCAGUUAGUAUUUUCCUGUUUGAGUAUGGAAUUAGAUUUGAUGUAACUUUAAAUUAAUCAAAACUCAUUAUGACUUCCAAAUACUAGAGGAUUAGCAAAAGAAAAUAAAAGCUACUUCCUUAU